UUUUCUAGAAAUUUGGAUGACUGCCAUAAAAGUUAUUAAAAGAGUACACACAGCCUCACAUGAGAAAUUGAUAUAAAUCUAGAUCUAAUUGACUUUUAUCCAAAUUUACAUUUUAUUACGAUAAUUUGUAUCCUCAAUUAAGAUUUAUUAACCUAUAUUUAUGGACUGACAAAAUCAUUUACAUUAAACAUUUUCAUAGAAAUAUUCUGAAUAUUGGAAAACAAUGACAAUGCAUUCUUUAAUAUUCUCCCAUCUCUAAAUCUUUGAUAUUGAAGCAGUUUACAAGUAAAAACAAACAGAAAUGCAAAGCUCUAAUUUGGAGGGUGAUAUUGAGAUAUCUAAACCAAUGCCAGGAAUAUCACCUGAAGUACUGGCCCACCCAAAUAAAAAGAGCCUGCCUGUUCCAAUCCACCCAGUUGUAACUAGCCUGCCUGUUCCAAUCCACCCAGUUGUAACUAGCCUGCCUGUUCCAAUCCACCCAGUUGUAACUAGCUUGCCUGUUCCAAUCCACCCAGUUGUAACUAGCCUGCCUGUUCCAAUCCACCCAGUUGAUAGUAGCCUGCCUGUUCCAAUCCACCCAGUUGAUACUAGCCUGCCUGUUCCAAUCCACCCAGUUGAUACUAGCCUGCUUCAUGCUCAUGAGACUUGUUUAGAAAACUUAAUGGCCAAUAAAGUGAAUAAAAGUACUUCCACUGAAAUGGAAGAAUCUGAAGAGUUGAAAUGUAAAUACUGUGUUAUAAGGUUAUCAAAACUGAGGAAACUGGAAAAAUUGGCAUCACACACAAUCACUCCAAGAUCUCCCUACAGCAGUCAAUCUCUCAAGACCACUAGCAACAUAAAAAAAGAACGUGGCUCCCAGACUUCAGCUGCUUUGUUUGAGAGAGCUGAAAUGACCAACAGGGAGCUACGUAGUUUAGCCAUGAUUCUCCGUUUUCAAGAUGGAAAGCCAAUGAGAACAGAAACCUAUUGUAAGUGUGUGAUGUAUGGGAAAGAAAGAGAUUGCAAAUGUGGAGAAGAGGAUAGCUACUUUGACUGGGUUUGGGAACUAAAUACUAAACAUCGUGGUCAAGCCACAAAUCUUCAAGAAAAAGGUCGCCAUGUUAUUUUCCAUAAAGAUUACAGCUGUGGAACAACUGCUGUGCGUGGCCAACUGCCCAUGGAUAAAGAUCAGUAUUUCUGGGAGAUUAAAAUGACCACACCUGUCUAUGGAACUGACAUGAUGGUUGGUGUGGGAACAGCUAAUGUAGAUCAAAACAAAUACCACAAUAUGUUCUGCAGUAUGCUAGGGUGUGAUAUGGAUAGCUGGGGUCUAUCUUAUGAUGGCCGCAUACAGCAUGGAGGCCGUAAAAGUGAAUAUUGCAGCAGGUUUGGACAAGGUGCCAUCAUUGGUAUGCACUUAGAUAUGUGGCAUGGCACGCUUGCCUUUUUCAAGAAUCGACAUAAUUUAGGUAUUGCAUUUAGAAACCUCCAAGGAAGAACGUUAUAUCCAAUGGCAUGUUCUACUGCAGCUAGAAGUGGCAUGAGGGUGAUCUCAUCAAGGUCAUUUCCAACAUCCCUGCAGUUCUUGUGCUGCCAGAAGCUGAGGAAGUUUGUUCCACCUCACUUAAGUGUCCUGGAUGCUUUGACCAUGCCACCUGGCCUGCGAGCUUUUCUAGCUAACAACAUGACUUGGCUCCUGGAUGUCCCCCACAGUGCACCUGAGUCAAGGUCCAGAUAUAUUUGUGACAUCUGCAUGCCAUUGAAAGGAGUGUUUGAAGGCUACACUGAUGAGGAGGACAGUAGUGAUGAUGAUUGUAAAAUUGACCAUGUGCAUGAUGUGCUGAACUUAGCAGACUCUGAUGAUGACUCCUAUGAUGAGGAUAGCGACGGUAUUGAUAGAAAGACCCAAAGCCGCUCCAUGAAUGCUUUCCCUGUUAGGCUUGGCAGACGCUACUGGCCCACUGUAGCUACCAUAACAUCUACCAGCACACCUUCAGAGCCAGAGCCUAGAAGAAACAUCAUUAUGAGCAGGACUCUGAGUGGUGUGAAGAAGUUCAGACUAGACAGCUCUCUAGACUCUGCAGAGGGUCCUUCAGAAGAUCUAGAGGAAGAUGAUAGUGAGGAGGAAGACAAUGUGCACCAAACAGAAGAAAGUCAAGAUGGAGACAUUGAUAAACCACUAAAUCAACUUGGAAAACGCAAACGAUCAUAAUGUGGAUAUUGGCAUUGUUUAUUUAUUUCUGGUGAAUUUCUGUUCCUUUUAUUUUUAACUUUUGUUUUUCUGUUCUUGUUAUUUUAUGUAACCCUUCAGUUGUAGGGGUGAGUCUGUUAUGACUAUACUUAUGAGUCUAUUGUGACUUUACAUAUGAGUCUAUUGUAACCUUACAUGAGUCUGUUAUGACUAUAGAUAUGAGUCUAUUGUAGCUAUACAUAUGAGUCUGUUAUGACUAUACAUAUGAGACUAUUAUUACUAAACAUAUAUUGUUCAGUUACUCUAACAAUAUUUGAUAUUAUGUUGCCACUUUGGUAUUACGAAGUUCACAUAUUGUCAUGUAACCAUAGCAACUGUUCAUCUUAGUGUUCUAGUUACAACCUUUUUUUUUUUAUUUUGUCUUCAUGUUAAGUUUUAUCUACUGUGUGACUUGAGUUUCAUUCAUACCUUAGGUAAAAUUUGUUUUAGUGUUUUAUCUUCUGUGUGACUUGAGUUCAUUCAUACCUUAGGUAAAAUUUGUUUUAGUGUUUUAUCUUCUGUGUGACUUGAGUUUCAUUCAUACCUUAGGUAAAAUUUGCUUUAAUGUUUUGUCUUCUGUGUGACUUGAUUUCCAUUUAUUCCUUAAGUUGAACUUGUCUUAGUGUUGAAUUUUGUCUUCUGUGUGACUUGAGUGCCAUUUAUUCCUAAAAUUUAAAGUGUAUUUUUUACCCACCUGUGCAAGGUGGGUUUUUUAAAUGAUUUUCUGUGACUUUCAAAUUUAAAAGGUGUAAUAAAACUUUGAUUUUCAUAUAAAUCAUCUCUCUCCAGGAUAUACUGGCAUUUAAAAUGGGACCAUUUUCUCAGUUGUUGCAUCUUAAGAUAUUUCUCUAAGUCUUGCUACUGUUGUCUUGCCAAGUCACAGAAGUAACUCAGGUGGUGAGGUCUGGUGGAAAAAAAAUUUAAUUGUUGACAUUAAUAUCAAAAUUUUCUAUCAUUUUUUUUUAAAUGUUUAUUUGAAAUUCUAAAAUUAAUAUCAAAAUUUUCUAUCAUUUUUUUAAAUGUUUAUUUGAAAUUCUAAAAUUAAUAUCAAAAUUUUCUAUCAUUUUUUUUAAUGUUUAUUUGAAAUUCUAAAAUUAAUAUCAAAAUUUUCUAUCAUUUUUUUUAAUGUUUAUUUGAAAUUCUAAAAUUAAUAUCAAAAUUUUCUAUCAUUUUUUUUAAUGUUUAUUUGAAAUUCUAAAAUUAAUAUCAAAAUUUUCAACCUUUUUUUUUAAUGUUUAUUUGAAAUUCUAAAAUUAAUAUCAAAAUUUUCUAUCUUUUUUUUUUAAUGUUUAUUUGAAAUUCUAAAAUUACUUCUUUGUAUUACAUGUAUAGACAUAUUUUAUUGAUCUUUUUAUGUUUUAUUACAUAUGUAUAAAUAACAAAAGUGUCAAUAUUAUCUAAGAGUUGAAUUGCAAAUGAACUACAAUUUGUUGUUGAUUAAAAUAUUUUGUAUACAAACCAAAA